UCCGCCUGUAAACCACUUAACUGAGGAAGGAAAAGUCUCCACCAAGAUGACCAUCUCUGUCUGUAAUUUGCUGUGAUAGUCAGUCGAAACUCCUCCUACGAGAUACUAUUAUCCUCUGUAGCUUCUAAAUAAAACCUGCUCUGGAAAACAACACUGGACCUCUGGCGGAAGUCUCAAAAUCAGUAUAGUCAUUUCUCUCUUUUUCUUUUUUUAAAUGAAGAACAACAGAGGAGUAGCACAUCUAAUUUUGGACAUUAAAACCUCAACAGAAUGAACGUCAUCCUCUUCUCCUCAGUGCUGGGUGCAGCUGCUUUUGUUCUCCAAGCUGCUGCAGUUGAAGAGUCUCUGGGGGCCAGUGUGUCUGUGAGGCCUCCGGGGUCGAGCCUCUACCUCGGCGAGUGUGUGCUGCUGCAGUGCUCAGCGGCGUCACGCUGCACUUUUGUGAAGAGCUACCGGUGGUACAGGUCCAAACCACACACUGCUCCGAACCCCAGGCACCUGGUCUCUGGUGACAGCUACUUCAUCACCGCGGUAACAAGGGAGGACACGGACAGGUACUGGUGCCAAGCCGAGUGUCGGAAGAACAAGACCAUGUUUGUGGUGAAUGCCCGGCCGCUUGAACUCAAUGUGACAGAGCUGCUGCCUCCCUCACUGUCUCUGACUCCCAACAGCAGACAGAUGCUCGGAGGGGAGCGUUUCACUGUGCAGUGCCCUGCUCUUGAGACUAACUCCUCGGGUUGGAAGCUGAUGCAUUUCUCUCCAGACCGUGCAGUGGGGACCAGAGUCAUCAAUGUCCACUCUUCGCCACCAGGGGGAGGUGUCAGUGGAAACAAGUCUGAAGCGUUUGCCUUCAUUGCUUCCAGCAGGAACAGUGGACUGUACUGGUGUGAGAACGCUGAGGGCCGCAGCAAUGCAGUCAACAUCACAGUAAGCUACGGUAACAUCGUUUUGAAGACUCCGGCCUUCCCUGUAUUUACAGGCGAUGAAGUUGUCAUGUCUUGUCAGUACCGGACAGCAAACCACAAUUCAACAACUUUCUUUAAAAACAAAGCAGAAAUUGACACUUACAGUUCUUCCAGUUCAGACAGAGUAAUAAAGAUGACCAUUAAGAAUGUGACACAGGAAGAUGAAGGCUUCUACAAGUGCGCCUCCCGCGACAGAAAGAUGGCGAGUCCAGAGAGCUGGUUAUCAGUGAGACCUGACAGAGGCAACUUCACAAAAACCAAAGGGACACCAGCUUCCACUAGUGGUUCCUGGAAAUGGAUCAUUCUUUCAUUUGCUGUUGUCCUUCUGUUCCUCAUUCCUCUUAUUGUUUGGCUAGUUCGUCACUACAGGUACCAGAAGUUUUGCACUCGUAGCUGCUGGCCACUUUCCAAACAGGAAGUACCAGCACAGGCGUUCCCUGCAACCAAGCAGGAUGUGACAGAAGUGCAGUGGGACCUGUCCUGGAUGGAGAUGUCCAAUCUGUUGGAUAAGUAGCUGUAUCCUGCCAUUGAAAGGAUCUCUCUCAUCUGAAGCAUAUAGACAGAACUGAAUAAUGUGAAAACCAUGAGAUAGUUCAGGCAGUGCUGCUUCGAGCACGAUAUAAGAACAGUUUGUCAUUUUUCAAGGGGUGCCACAAGGAUCUGUUCUUGGCCCGUCACUUUUUAAAUUUAUGUUAAUGACCUGCUUAAGAUUUAUAAAGAUUUGUCUGUGUGCUGAUGGUACAAAUCCUGCAGCUUCACACACAGAUUUUAGUACACUAAUACAAAAGUUAAUACAGAAUUGAUGCAAAUCUUUACGUAUUCCAAUUGAACAAACUUUAAUAUUAAAGUGGCAAGCUUUAUAAUAUUCCAUAUUUAUACUUUUUUUCCCCACUCUGUUUUACUUGUAAAAUUCACAUUGAAAAUAUGUUUCAAAACUUAAUGAAUAUAGUUUUUACAAAGUUUGUUCCCUGGUCCACCUUCCUGUUAAUUAAUUGUGUAUUACAUUAGAAUUUACUCAUAUAGUAAAUAUUACAAAAUGCUUGGGGUGAUGGGAACUUAUCUUUUUGUAACAAGAUGAUUCAGAAGACGUUGAUGAAAUAAUCAGUUAAUGACUCAUCCGUCCCACAGUUUAUGAAAUGUAACUUAUUGACUCAUCAUAAUGUUAAUAUUUAUUUUGUUAAGUAUUUACUUCCUGGCAUUUUCCAGAAAUGUUUAAUUCUUAGAUUCACAUCGAACUCUCUGUCCUUCAUGUCUGUUCUACCAGGUCUUCAAGGGAUUGCAAUUUGCCGAUGUCGCACUUCUCAAAAUCAAUAUUUCAUUAGAUACAGAGAUCCCUCUCUUGGGAACAAUUUGAAAUAGAAUAUAAAGUCAUCUGCUUCUUUCUACGGAUUCAAGACUAAAGACUGAAAACAAAACAGUGUAAAAUUACCUUUUGUUCUUAUUCAGUAUUUGCCUCGUUUAUGAUUGAGAUUCAGCCUGGUAUGUUCCGUUUAACUGCUUUUAUUAAUUUGUUUGUUUUGUCUUGUCUGAUGUUUAUGAUUAUACUUGACUAGAUUAUUUUGUAUAUAUCUUUUAGAGACAAAAACAACUACAAAGAGACACAAAACAACAAUAAAGAGAUGCAAAACAACUAGAAAGAGACACAAACAACUACAAAGAUGCACACAACAACCACAGACAAAAGAGACACAGCACAACUACACACAGGCAAAACAAGUAAAAAGAGACACAAAAUUAUUACGAACAGAAAAAACGAGUACAAUGACACAAAACAACCACAAAGACUCUGUGCAUAUUCUGCAUGCACAUAACUCUCAGUUUCACUCAGUUGGAGUGAAAGACAGGUUUAUAGUUCACAAUCCACUGGAUGCUCAUUUAGGCUCUGAAUUUAAAUUAUGCCAUUUUUAUAGAGACCCAAAACCAUUAUGUAUCUGUCAGGAUAAUUAUGAUGGCAUGACGAACUGCAUGAGUCAUCUUGGAAUAUACAAUUGUUUUGUAAUCUAAAUGAAGCACAUUACUGUAAAAUAAAUACAUACCACAUGCAGUAUAUCUUUGGUUUU